GAAUAAAGUGACAUACAAGAUUGAAAUGAAAAACAAAUAAAAUGACAAAGGAAUGAACAACAAGGAAUUAAAUGACACAAGAAUAAAAUGACAAAGGAAUGAAAUGUGAUAUAUCGGAAACAUAGUCAAGGAUACAGCUUUAAUUCCGUUAAUAAUGGCCAGCUUUAGCACAGGAACAUUGAGUUGCGCUGCUACUCUAAUUAUAGGUUUUAUGUGUAUUGACACAGCGUGCUAUGCAUUUAAUUACCAACCCGAUAGAAAAAUCGGAAUAAAUAAAUAUCCUGAGGACAAUAGAAUACUGGGUAAUAUUGAGCGCAAUCGGCGAAGUAGUGAUGUCGGAGGUGAUGUAACUGUAUCUGACCAAUCCGGCCUAAAUAAGAAUAUUACCGUCAGUAGGGCCUGGUGGACUGUCCCUGCAAUUCCUGUGAAUUCUAUAGACCUCGUAGCUGCUAUCAUAUUGGGGAUCUUAGGUGGCCUGUUCCUCAUGGUGUGCUUCAUUUCUGCAGUUAAAGCUUGCAGGGAUCGCAAAGCUAUAAAGCUUCGUAUAGCUCUGAGAAGGGAGUUGAAGAAAAAUGCAAUCAAAGUGCUUCAUGAAUAUUCAUCACUUAAUAAUCAAGCAGAACGGAAUGGUAAAAUUGGCAGAAAUGUAAGGAACGGACAAGUAAACCAUGGGCUCGAUAUAACGGAUGAAACAACGCAAGUUGUUGAAGUCACAGUGCACAAAGAGUACACAGCGCAAAACACACCACAAAAAGGACAACCAAUGGAGGAAAGCACGGCAGAUAAGAGUCCAAGGUCCUUGAAAGAAUUAGCGAGGGAGAUAAGUAAAUCUGAAAUCGUGAUCCCAAAUGGUAAUGUGGUUCCUGAUGAUGAACAUGGUGACCAUAUUCCAGUUAUGAAUGGUAACCAUAAUACUGUUCACCAAAAUGGAAACCAUGUGAAUGGUAAUGGGGUUGUUUGCCAUGGAAAUGGAACGGCAACAAAAGGAAACAGUAUCCAUAGCAAUCCAAAACAUAAUAUAAACAAUACCCAUACAGAUUCUGAAUCAUGUAAUGGUCUUCCUUCCAGUCCCCUUGCCUCCGACUCUACCUCUACAUUUCCGCGUGUUAAGAAUGGCAUUGGACGUGGCCUCGGAUACAGACACUCAUACCAGGGUGCGGAGAUUACUCGAUUUCAUGAGAAGCAGGUCAUUAAUAAAUUUAAACAAUUCCGGAAAGUUAAAAGUGACAAUACUUUGAUAAAAGCAAAUGGAGUCAAGAAAGAACUUGGGAAAAGGCUUUCUGAUAAAAAUGCAAAUUCUAUUGAGGAGUCUGAUCAAAUACCGGAAGGGGCUUUUGAUGAUGUGACAAUUCAGUGAGUGAUGUCAUAAUUCAGUUAGUGAUGUCAUAAUUCAGUAAGUGGUGUCACUAUUCAGUGAUUUUCAUAUUAAUUGGAUUCCACCAAUAGAACCAGAAAACAAAGAAUCAAUUUUAUGCAGAGAAACUUUUAUUUAGAGCAGAGAUCAAAUCAAUGUACAUAUCAUCACAAAUUGUAGAGAUAUUCAAAUGUAUAUUGAGACCCCUUGAAUUCACAUUCAAACAAUGAUUAAGUAUGUGUUAGUGGGCAUCCUGAAAAUUGCAGUCAUUUAAAAAUUGAUUUUACAUUGUUAUAUCGAUGUUGAGUUAAAAGUUCAUGGUGUCAUAAUCAGUUUAGAGCUAGUUUUUAUUGAGCGGGAUACCUAAGAAGUACUCAAUAUAAUUACUAAUAAAUUAAUUUAAUAUUUUCAGUUUGUAAACAUUGUACAGCAUAAUGCAGCAUGGUUUGAUAUAUUGAUGUUUGCCCAAAAACUGAAACUGGACAUCUCAUAUUUUUGAUAUCUGUGAUUUAUGAAAUACCAGGUAGACGUUAGCCAAGUGGCCUAAUUUACACAAUACAAGGAAUUAAAAAAGUUUUAAUGAAUUUACCCAAUAAUGGCCUUUCUAAUGUACUAUUGUGGCACAAUUAGCAAUACAUUAAAAUUUGGUACAGUAAAAUCUGUUAUCUGAACACCUCUCUCUGACCCCUGUCAAAAUGAACCCCUUUUUCCAGUUUCCUUGCCCAGUUCCAGUGCAUUUGGAUAACGUAAGACAUGUUUACUAUAA